UUGCUCACAAACAAAACACAGCGCCAUUUCUCCAACAGUUUCCGAGAAAUUGAGAGACAAUGUCGGUAACAUCCAUAACCCUCCCUUGUCCUCAACCCCACUCGCGAUUCCCGUCGCAGAAGAAGCCUCUCAGAUCUCGUUCUAACCUGGGGUUUCCUUCCCGACGCCUGAUCUACGCCGCCGACGGGGUCUCCUCCUCCUCUUCUUCCUCGCCCCCAUCCUCCGUUCAAUUGCCGCAGCGGAUUGCUCCGACUCCGGAACCGACGAAGCUUCCCUUGAGGAAGAUUCCAGGCGACUAUGGCCCGCCGAUGUUCGGAGCGUUGAAGGACCGACAAGACUAUUUCUACAAUCAGGGGAGAGAAGAGUAUCUCAAAUCUCGGAUGCUUCGCUACGAAUCCACUGUUUACAGAACCAAUAUGCCGCCGGGUCCAUUUAUCACCAACGAUUCACGAGUUGUGGUUUUACUCGACGGCAAGAGCUUCCCUGUUCUCUUCGACAAUGCUAAAGUUGAGAAGAAGGAUCUCUUCACCGGCACUUACAUGCCUUACACAGAACUCACCGGCGGCUACAGAGUUCUCUCUUAUAUUGACCCAUCUGAGCCCGAUCACGAGAAGCUUAAACAGCUCAUCUUCUUCCUCCUCAAGCACCGCCGUGAUAAAAUUCUCCCCGAAUUUCACUCUACUUUUUCCGAGCUAUUCCAGACUCUGGAGAAGGAUUUAGCUGCCGUCGGCAGAGCAGAGUACAAUGCUCCCGGUGAACAAGCGGCGUUUAAUUUCUUGGCUCGGUCCCUCUUCGGCGCUAAUCCUGUCGAUACCAAAUUGGGUCGAGAUGCUCCGAAAUUGAUUGCGAAAUGGGUUCUGUUCCAGCUCGGCCCUGUUCUUAGGCUCGGCCUCCCUAAGGUCGUCGAGGAGCUCCUCCUCCGCACGGUCCGGCUUCCACCGUCGCUGAUUAAAGCCGAUUACCGGCGGCUGUACGACUUCUUUUACCAAUCCUCGGAGGCGGUGUUUGAGGAGGCGGAUAGAUUGGGGAUUUCGAGGGAAGAAGCUUGCCACAACUUGCUCUUCACCACGUGUUUCAAUUCAUUCGGAGGGAUGAAGAUUUUCUUCCCCAAUAUGAUUAAAUGGAUCGGACGUGCCGGAGCGAAUCUCCACACCCAAUUAGCAAGGGAGAUUCGUACCGCCGUACAAGCCAACGGCGGCAGAAUCACGAUGGGGGCCAUGGAACAGAUGCCGCUGAUGAAAUCCGUAGUGUACGAAGCAUUCAGAAUCGAGCCGCCGGUUCCGGUUCAAUACGGUCGGGCGAAGAAGGACCUAGUGGUCGAAAGCCACGACGCUGCUUUCGAGAUCAAAGAAGGAGAAAUGAUUUGUGGGUUCCAACCAUUCGCAACCAGAGACCCGAAAAUCUUCGACAGAGCCAACGAGUUCGUGCCUGAUCGGUUCACCGGCGACGGUGAGAGGUUGCUGAAGCACGUGCUAUGGUCAAACGGACCGGAGACUCAAUCGCCGACGGUUCAGAACAAGCAGUGCGCGGGAAAAGACUUCAUCGUGUUCAUCUCUCGCCUUUUCGUCGUCGAAUUCUUCCUCCGAUACGACUCCUUCGACAUCGAAGUCGCAAACUCUCCGUUGGGCGCCGCCAUCACUGUAACUUCCCUGAAAAAAGCAAGUUUCUAGGAGGAAACAAAAAAAUUACCGUCGGGUUAAAAAUAAUUACGCGGGUUAAUUCUUUUUAGAGGAGAGAGAAAGAACUGUAUAGUUAGUAUAGAAAGUAAUGGGAUUAGAAAGAUAGAGAGUGUGGGCCCCACCACUUUAUAAGACCCAAUGAAAGGAGAUCCACGUGGGCCCCAAAAGUGGGUGUCAUUUUCAAGAUGUAGAUUGUCAAGUUAUCAAUAUAUCUCUACCAAUAAAUCUGUUCCAAUGUGAUUAAAUCUUUUCUUUUUA